AUGGUGAAAAUUAAUGUUGAUGGUGCUUGUAAAGGGAACCCGGGUGUUGGGGGGGGGGGCGGUGGUAUAGUUAGAGAUAAGGAGGGCGUGGUUAUAGCUGCCUUCUCAAAAUUUUAUGGAGAUUAUACAAAUACCAUCGCCGAACUGAGGGCUUUGAAUGAUGGUCUGAAGCUUUGUGCCAAGCUGGAGGCGACAGGGAUCGUGGUCAACUCGGAUUCGAAGGUAACAAUCCAAAGCAUCGCAAAGGGGAGGUGUGGGUCUUGGAAGGGCUGGUACUGGUUCCAAGAGACGAUGGAGCUGGCUAGGGUUUUAAAACCUAUGAUCUACUUUACGUUCAGGGAAGGUAACAGGGCAGCGGACGGGUUGGCGAAGUUGUCAUGCGACUCAGCAGUGGAUACGGAAUUUCAAGGGGGUCCUGAGCUCCCUCCUGACCUUCGGAGGAUUAAACGUGAGGAUGCGUGUGGUCUGCCGGUUUUAAGGAAAUAG